CAUAAAUUGCUUUGUUUUGUCUCUGUAUCACAUACAUGACUACUUUAAAAUUAGGAGCCGUCAUUCCGGUACAAUAUCUCUACAAAGUUAAUUUCCAAUAUGGUUGCAAAGGUUGUUGUUGUACUGUUGCCUGUUGUCAUGUCCCCGCAGUGCCUGUAGUAGGCUUGUGCUGUGAGAAGCCUCACAUCCGAUGACAAAACCAACACCCCCUUGUCGUUGUAUACGGACAGUUGUUACUCAAAUAAUCGACACUAAAAUGCAUUUGGUGGCCGAGCAAAUUUUCAGGCAUGGAGAUAAGCAGGUAAUUGCUCGGUAAAAACCUAAAACUGGCGAUAGAAGCGCCCCAUAGGGUAUAAUAGCUGUUUCUAGGUAGCGCUGGUGGUGAAUAGCGUAUUAGACACUGAAGAAUCAAAGGGAGACGAGGCUAACGCAAAGCACCGGGCUCGAGCUGAGGACAUCCUACCUAGUGCGCAGAAAAAGGCGUCUGAAGCUCUACGCGAGGUCUGGGGAUUACAUGGUGUAACAGGCCAACGGUAACAUUUAUUUCCAUUUCUGUUGAAAUGUUGCUUAGAUUUGCAUACAAAAAUACGCAUUGUACAAAUACAAUUACAAACAGUCGACUGAUUUAGGUGUUUCCUAAACGAUUUUUUUUUGCAAAAUAGUGUUUACUAGUUUUCCAAAUGGAUUACUUUCGUCAAAUAUUUAAAGAGUCGUCGAUAUAUUUAAAAAAAUAUAUUUUUUAACGGUUGCAUAACCAGACAUUUGUAUUAUGCAUUUUUAAAUCCGACUUAACAGUUCUUUGAAACCCGUAAAUAACUAAACGUUGCUUGUUACGUUAAUUAAGCUAACCAGGCUAGCUAAGGCUAGUUGUGCAUUAGCUAGCGAGUUAGCUAUUACUUAUUUCCGCUUCCUGAUCCCUCAAGAUUUUAUCGCUCCUUUUAGUUUUUCAAAUGUAAUUUUUAAGGUAUUAAAAUAUCGCUUCUAAUGUUUGAGUAUUCAAAUGAACUAUAUCGUUAUCUUUCUACAUAACAUUAAAGUGGGCGGACAGGCUGUCCACCAUCCUCUUACGUUUUUGGAAGUUGCUAAGCAUGACAAGUACCUUGCCUGUCUAGUAAUAUUUGUGAACUACAAGCGUAACGUCUCUGGUAACACUACAGCACUUGAAGUGAUACAUCUUUUUUUUCAGAACUGUGACUCACCUAUUACGUUUUGACCGUUUCAAUUAGGUUAGUUGUCGAAGUAUGUAACUCAACGGUAACCCUUUUUCGUUAUAAACACAUCAGGUUACCAAUGUGGACAGUUUUCUUUUUAUUAUCCGUACUUUUUUUGGAUAAUAUUAUUUUGAUUUACAUGAUGAACUGAGUGUCAAUUGUAACCAAAUGUUCUCAUAAUUGCAAGGAAAACAUUGAAGAGUUCUCCAGUUCUUGGAUCAGCUCUGGGUCUUUCAUAUAAGUAUAAUUUCAUAAACGUCAACGGAAAACUUUUUCUUCAAGAAGAAUUUAAUUCCCCGUACAUUGCAAUUGAUAUGUGACAGGCUACAUACACGCAUACAGGGGCACAUUACCCGCCUUCCCCCCAAAAAAUGAUCAUCGAUCAGGUCCGAUUAUAAUAUUCUGUCCAAAUUUGACAGGAGCAGAUCGGAGAUCCCAGGUCUAUAAAGGAUCUAGUUAAUAGAGGUGUUAGAAAUCAAUAAACUGGCUCAGGUGCAUGUGUGAAAAGUUCCCUGAAAACUGUUCAUGAAUCUUCUAAAAGCGACACUUUCAAACUCUUGUCAGAAAAAAGCUUGGGUCUUCACUAUCAAAAAUACAUGCCUACGUUGUUUCACAUUACUUGACAUUGGUCAGUCAAUUCUUCAACCCCGUUUUAGUUUUUGGAAAAUGUUGUGUUGUGUAUAUAUAGUCGUGUUCAACGUGAUGAGGGUCUGGACCACAUGAUAGUAGGUGAUUGGAAAGAAUCUGGCCCUGAUCCGGUAUGAGUCUAUUCCAGAGUCAGCCAUUAUCUUAGGACAUCUGCUGAUGAGAACCUCGCCCAUCUAACUGCUCACACAGUAACGGAUCUGGCUUUUAAAAAAAAAAAUGUUUUUAAGUUGGCUGCACUGUUGAUGUUCGGGUGCAACAGUGUGGCCCAAGUACCCAAGCAAUAUUAGGCUUAGGCCAACAUGUGUGCUUACUGUUCCCUCAGAAGUAACUGAUCCUCAUCUUACCUUGUCCCCUUACAUGUGUGCAGCUAAUGUGCUCCAACACUCAAAGCGCGGGAUGUACGAAGGCAAACACAUCCACUACUCGGAGCUGGACCACAAGCCCCUCUGCUCCUACAGUCCCAAGCUGUGCAAGCAGCGACGCCUCAAUGGCUAUGCCUUCUGCAUACGCCACGUGCUGGAGGACAGGAGUGCUCCCUUCAGGCAGUGCGAGUAUGUGGCCAAGUACAAUAGCCAGCGCUGCACCAACCCCAUUCCAAAAGCAGAAGAUCGCAGGUACUGCAACAGCCACCUGCAAGUCAUGGGCGUCCUUCCCAAGAAGGAGCGCAAGAAGAGGCACGACUCCUUGGAAUCGCUGGCCCUCAACAUCACGGUUCCCUCUCUGGCACUGAAGACACCCAAUGGACUGGACCACCUACCCCCUUCUCCACCCCCAUCCCUCCCCUCCUUGCUGUCGCUGGACCCCUUUGGCCUGUGUGGGGGUGUGGGCGUGGCUCAGACGGAGACCCUGCUACAGAAGAAACCUUCUCAGGGUAGGCAGAACCCCAACCCCAAACAGAAGCCAGUCAGAGAGGCAGAGCCAGUCAGGCCAUCUCCCCUGCCACCCACACCCAGCCGUUUGGCUGUUCAUCUCUCUCAGCAAAUGAGCACGCAGCAAAAGCCGUUAGUCCCUCCCGCUUCCGUGUCUAGCACGUCUUACUCAGUUGGACUUCAGCAGGGUUUAUGCAAGUCUGUUCCACCUCAGACCCACAUGAGUUCAGCUUCCUCCAAUCAAACACAGGAACUGGGCCCCAGGCCUGCUCCGAACAGGAAGUCAGCCCCUUUCAUGCCAGCUACCCUGCCCACCAACACCAGUGCCAUCUCACCUGGGCGCCUGUCGAUGACACCUGGGAGGCUAACGCGGCUGCAGAGAGUCAUGGAGGAGCACUCGGGCAAACCCAGUGACUUACACACACAUUUUGGUCUAGACUGGUCUGAGGACAGCGCUGCUGAGGAUGACGAUGAGGAGGUGGCCAGAGUUGCAUCCUAUCAGUACUGGAGGCUUCAGGCGAGACACUCAGAAGAGAGUGCUCAGGGUUGUAGCUCUCGCAGUCAGCGUGUGGCGGGUCUGGCCUCUUACCUGCAGCAGAAGUACACGCACCUGCGCCGGGAGGACAGCGCCCUGCGGCGCCACAGGAAGUCCCAGCGGGUCCUGCGGGAGGCGCUGGUCCAGGCAGCCAACCGGGACCCCACCGAGACGGCCGGGUUCUUGCAGACGGCGAACACAAAGGCCUCAAGUACCAGGCUGUCAUGGAAACAGAACUCUAAAGCAGGACUCUGUUCUGGCGGCACCAAGGGCGAGCUGUGUCGGAACGGGGCUCUGCCCUUUACACAACACUGUUUCCAGCACAUUCUGUCAAAUGGCUCCCAGCAGCUCUUCAAUAGCUGUACCGCGCGCUUCGCAGACGGAGCGCAAUGUUCCGUUCCUGUCUUUGACAUCACGCACCAGACACCACUCUGCGAUGAACAUGCCAAGAAAAUGGAUAAUUUCCUGCGUGGGGAUGUGAGUCGCCGCAUGUACCAUCAGCAGCAGCAGCAGCAACAGCAGAGGAAGCCCCUGCGGAAGCCCAAGGCAGCCGCCCUCACCAAGAAGCACAAGAAGAAGGGCAAGAGAGGGCCACGGCGGCCCCAGAAGCCCAUCCCCCCUGCACUGCCCCAGGGCAACCUGGGGAUGCCCUCUGCACUUAGUGUCCCCUCACAGUCCUCUAGCAUCAGAAGCCCUUUGACCCCAGACCUAAGCACUGAUGAAUUCCCUGAUGACAUUCACAAUGAUAUCCAUGACAUUUCACAUGAAUUGGAGCUCAACCAGGAAGACUUCUCCGAUGUUCUUCCAAGGCUACCAGAUGAUAUGCAAGACUUUGACUUGUUUGAAGCUGCAGGUAAGACCAGCGAGCUUCUACCCACUUCAGAAGAGGCAGAUGAGCUGGUGCGCGUGCUACAGGCCAUGGGCUCCUACCCAGAAUCCCUUGCGUGCCUGAGUGGCAUGGGCGAUCUGGGCCACCCGGAGGGCGUGGAGUCCCGGUCCCUGCCGGGUGGUGUGGUGGACCUCCUGAGCUCGCGCCUCUCCGCAGACACCUUCUCCAGCCUGGAGCUGGACCCCACCCUUCUCCACCCUACGGACGAUGGCUUUCCCCCGUCGCCACUCUCGCCUCAGCCCCCCCUCACGCCCCCGUCCUCAGUGCCCAACUCCACAGUCCUCUCCGAUGGCACCUUUAUCCGCAGGCAUCCCCCACACCUUGCCGCUGACGGGAGCAGCAGCAGCAGCAGCAGCAGCAGCAGUGGUGCCGCCUGUCACAUUGACUUGCACAGGCUCCAGGACCCCAGCUCUGUCCCUUGGAGCGGCCUGCCUCUGAGCCUCACUGACGCGCCUCCCUUUCACAGCCUGGUUGGCUCGGAGACCCUACUGCUGUCCACUGCCCUCUCCACCCCGCCGGCCCCCCUGCCCCCAGGUCCCUGCCAGCCCACGUCGCCCCUCUCUGCGCUACCCCAGAGCAGCCUGACCGCCGCCCUUAACCCCUCCGACAUCCUCUUCAUCUCCUCCUCCUCUGCCUACACCUACACCUCCACCUCCCCGCCUCAGGACGCUUUCUUUUCCUUAGCCUCCCUCAAGCAUCCCUCUCCCCUACUGCUGAGCCACUGCGGGAUCCCCACCGACCUUCAGCCGUACCACAGCUCACCAGCGCCCCCGAUGGACCAAGCAUAAAAUUGCAAACCCCAUCUUGCCUCAGUAGAUCAGCCCAAUCACAGCCACAGAGAGAAGACCGUUGGUUACAGCACACACAGUAUUCAGGGAUCAUGUUACAGAGUGUCAAGGGUCUGUCUGGUAACUUUUCUUUUUAAGAUAAUUUCCUCGUUGGUCGUACAGUGUCUUUUCUUGUCACAUGAAGUAUAUAGGUAUAUAUAUAUAUAUAUACACACACAAAGCAAUAAAGACUCCCCUUCAGUAUAGUAGUACCGUUUUGUUUUUGUUCAUAGGAAAUGGUGGACAACCUUGGAAUUUUUAGAAAUAAAACAUGCAUAUUUAUGAGUAUAUGAAUAGGUUAGUGGUCUGCACAUAUGGUUUUUAUCGACGAGUGAAAACGUGUGGUUAUUGGUGGAAAAUGUGAGAAUAUUUAAAACAAACAAAAAAAUGUGGAAUGUUUUGCGAAUUUGGUGGAGAAGGUAAUUUGCCCUCAGUUUUGUUCUAUGUCGAUAAAAAAAUGGUCGUGGUUUGUGACUGAUGGUGUCGUUAACAUGCUUUUGGUUGCUGUAGAACUGUGUGGCUAGUGGGUGGCACAGAUAUUUGUCAGAUCCCCCCCCCCCCCUCAUGGACCCUCUAAGUACAACAGCAUCUCCUGGAGUCCCACUCAAAACAGCCAAAACAUGCAUUGGCAUCAACUUUCCCUGUGCAUGCUUUCAGCCUCUACCUAUCCUGCUAUCAAGAUCAGGAAAAUGAAGACUGAUGGCAAUUUUCCUCCCUCAGGGAUUCUGGAGGCCAAAUUUUGGGUAAUUUUCUCAAAACAACUUGAGGGGUUUUAAGGGUAUAAGGUAGUUAAAGCUGCUUUUUGCCAACACACGUUAUAAUAAAUGGAGGACAACUCAGAUAAAUCCUUUAAAAUUCCCUUGUAUUCAUUGAAUGUAUUGUUAUCAACAUCACAUGAAGCGUCUGAUAGUCUAACAAGCUUUUAUGAGUACUUUUUAUGUGUUAAAGGUAUUUUUAUGUAUUCAAGAUGUUUACAUUUUUACUUAUAUUUUUUUCUCUGAACAGAUAUUGUAAUAUGUGCGCAAUACACAUGUACUUUCUGUAUAGUGAGAGAAUAUAUCUUUUCAGUUUUGGUUUUCAAUGUGUGAAUUAAACUUGCUGUGACCAUG